AUGCUGGUGAUCAUGGCGAUCAAACAUCUGUUUGUGGACAUGUGGUUUAGUGGGAAUGCCACCAAUUCUUCAUUUGCUUGGCUGCACUUGAUAAGCUCGAUGGGGUUCAUUAUCUGUACCGUGGCCUUUGGGCUGAAUCAGAUGAUUCUCGUCCUUAAUGUCCCUCAGUGGGCAUUGGCACUGGUAAUGAUUUUGGAUUCCUUGGCCUUUCCAUUCGCCUACGCCUAUAGCUUGGUGGGUAGCUUGGAGGGUGUUCUGUUGCACUGUGCCUUCUUAUUCAUCCUCACAACGUUCGAUAUUCUAUGGCUGUUAUUUUGUGCGCUCUUGACCCUUCUAUCUACAAUCGUCGCGAUUGUUGCUUUUGGAAAUCAAGACCGCAAACUGUAUCAGUACUUAACGCAGGCCCAGCGAGGAUCGGUUAUUGCCAUUACCGACUCGUCCCUUCGGAUCCAACAACAGCUGGAAUAUCAGGCCUACAUCGAUCAUCAAGGGCAACUCGAAGGAUUAAAGCAAGCCAUGAAAAAAGCCUCAAGUGGAGCCAGUACAGCCGCGAAUAUCUCAUUUGAUCGCAAUUUGAGGCGAUACGACUCUGGCAAACCUCAACCCGCAGGUUUAAACAAACCUCUAUCGACUGAGAAGACAAAAUAUCAUCAUCAUCGUAAAAAGAAUCCAGAACCCAGUGAUGAGGCUACGUCUUAUAGCGUCAGCAGACCCCACAAGGAGAAGACGCAAAUGUUCCUGUCCAAGUCCGCCAAGAAAAGGUCCUUGUCAAAUGGGCUGGGUAUCUUUGAUGACAUCAAUGAAUUAAUACAAGAGAGACUCCGCAAUGCCCCUCAUGCAAUUUGGAUGGGCUUCGAUACUCGACAGUUUCUUGCAGCUGCAGAAGAUUGGCUAUCCCCCAUCAUUGGCGAGAACAACGACGAGCUUCUUGUGGAGGACCACGGCAGUCUGCGAGGCGCUGGAUAUUCUACAAGUUCUUAUAAUUCAAUGGCCAAUACUACAGUUACGAUUACGGACGCUGUUGCAAACACGCGUGCGCACGCAAACAAGCGCGCGAAAACGGGACGCAAAAAAAUCGAAAAUGGGAAACUCGGCGAUUAUCCAAUGGUGGGGACGCCUAGUGCGGGUGGAGCGACACAGCUGGUGCUGAUGACGCUGGCUGAGUUCCGGGCCUUGUUAUACUUUACCGAUUGGUCGGAUGUGUUGCUGGUGUUGAUAUUCAUAAGUUACGGAUACUGCAUUUUCAAAGAGACCCUCAAAAUCUCGUUUUUGGUUCUUCUUUGUAACCGGCUGAUGGAGGCCGCGAUGGUUGCCUUUCCUAGCUUGGCGGUUCGGGAGAAGGCGAUUUGCAAGCUGGUGACAGAUGAGCUGGAGUACUUCCAGAGGCAGCCCGGCGCCGAGUCGGUGCUGCGGGACCUGCAGCACUACCUGACCUACCACGUUCGUCAAGGUUCAAGUCCGCACUUUGUUUUCACCGAUUACUUGACACCUGCGCAUGGUCUGCACAUGAUGGACGGCAUGUCGAGUGCUGACAUGGGUGGCCCGAAGUCUGUGAGUCUGGGAGGCGAGGUAUUGUCGGACGCGUACACGAUGCCCAAGUUUCUCCAGCGUCCGCCGGAAGCUGCAAACCCGCCACAGCGGAGUUCGGUCCCUCACCGGUCUCUGCUCCAGUAUCUCAGCGAGCGGUCCGCUGCCGGUGGUGCUUCAGUGGGCGGUACUCCGGACGACGUGUUGAAUGAUACCCACAUCCAUCCCCUGGAGGUCUUAUUGAUAGACGCGGUGGCGAACCUGUUGGUUAACCGCAUGAGGACUAACCGCUGGGACGGGGGCGAAAUGGCUUCCAAGUGCAGGACUGCGAGUUCAGUUGUCAACAGCCGGUGGUAUCUUAACACAGAAAGCUUUACAGAACAGGCGAAGGCCUUCUUCCAGACCAGUAAUUUACUGGAGAUGGCAGACAUUGCUGGCCAGGGUCAGAUCUUCUCCAACAGGUCUCGGUCCUCGGACAUGGGCGACCCGUUUCAUGACGAAUGCAGACUCCAGACCCGGCGAACUGCAGCUUGGAGCAGUCGGGUACCCGCCCGUGGCGACCUCCUGAAACGCAGACGUUCUUCCCUCACCAGUCGUACGCCCCAGGUAGUUAGAAAUUCUCAGUGCAGGUUUGCGCGUUACGACGAUGGUACCGCAAUGAAGGCAGCGGGAGACCGGACCUCGGAACGUGCUUCGGAACGUGCUUCGGAACGCGCCUCCGAGCGCGCUUCGGAGGAACGACCGUGCAACACCUUCUCCGAUCUUCAUACAAAUGACGACAGCGACACGAUAGACGGCUUUUAUUCCGAUGAUGACGAAGAAAACCUCAUUCUCGACUUUGUGCGUGGAGGCAUCAACGAUCAGAGCCGGGCCACGGCCACAAUGAACAACUUGAGGAUCUUUUUCAAGCCCGUCUGGAAGUCCUUUACUUCUAUUGUAACCUACUACUUGCGAAGUAAUUUUAAGUACCUCAAGAACGUACUCAUUGAGUUCUCCCUCACUCGCCAACUGACGGUAUUCACAGCGAGUAACAAACGAGGGAACAUAUCCCCUCGCAAGACGGUUCUCCAAACUUUUGCGUCGCCGGAAAUGGAACGUUGGUACGCCGAGUGGAUCCAGAGCUUCAGCAUCCGAAAUCAGUUCGACCGACUCGACAUACUUCUCGUCACGGUGGUGCAGGUGGCCCACGUCACUUUCGAGUCUUGGUUGCUCAUCAGGCGAGGACCCAUUGCGCGCCGAAUCGCGGUAGCCAAAUGGGCGCCUUACUUGAUUGUGAGCGCCAACUCCGUAGUCGCUGCAAAGGCCGUUCUGAUCCCCUACGACGAAGAGGUAGCUACCUAUGACGACAAUACCUUUGCCGUCAUGACUCUAAUGUUUUGUAUAGUGCGUAUCUUGUUUGUAGUACUCUUGAAUUCGAUAAUUUUGCAAGUGCACUCACGUGUGCCGAGUGCGAGAAGACUGGCCAGAGUUAAUAUGACUUCCUUCCUGGUGGCUGUGGGUCACCUGUUGUUGUGCGAGGUGGACUUCAUGAGCGCAGCCUAUUUGCUUCAGCGGUUCUCUUCUGUGGGACACCAUACCAUCUCUACAACCUCCUUCGGUGCUCUCUUGUUGGCUCCUCUCUUCGCUUCGGGAACUCGGAUGCCAGUCAUGAUCCUAACCUACUCGGUGUUUUUUCUGAUUCACUUGUUACUGUGCAGCUUGUCCUGUGUUAAUUUGAGCCAACUGGCCAGCUACAUCACCGUAUGGAGUGCCUUCGCUCUCAUAGGGUUGUUUAUGAUCCAUGGAAGCUACGAUCAGUCUCGCAGGUCUAUUUUUUCUCGGUCGGUGCUUCCUUACAUGCUCAUUCUCUCGGAACUGAGCGAUUGGAAAGAUUCCCUCGUGGGCCUGUCCGUGAAUGGGAAGUGCUUUGAAGACAAUUACACCUCUUCGGACACAUCUGGUUCCCAAGCCGAAGGUCACGCUGGUCUUGGCGAGACCCAUACAGGAUCGGUCCAGCACCGGCUGAGCGGUUCCGCAGCAGAAGAGCAACACGACGAGUCCUCGUCGGCCAGAGAGACGCGGAAAAGUUUAAACGGUACCGAAAGCUCCAUGGGACAGUGGCAGGGAUCGGUGGAAGAACGAGACGACCUGCCAAGCGCCCCAGACCCAUGGAAUGCGGGUACGGAUAGCUAUAACGGAAUACGGGACUCCCGGAGCUCCAGCCAACAAUUGGACACGAAUCGAUGGGAAGAUCUACAAAGUGGACCGAGCCAGGACGGUGAACGAGACAAGACCUGCGACGUAGAAACCCCCGGAAUGGAGCCAACCCCCGCCACUCUCUCCGACUUCGAUGACCAGCAACACUCCAACGCCUUUCACCGGGUCUCGCCGCCGACAACUGAGACGGAAGAAAACCAAAAUGAAGCCUGGAGGAAGCUACCUUCCAGCCGCAGCUUCUUCCCCCCAGCGAGAAGAGGUUCACGACGACAGUAA